GCUGAGGGGUAACGCAGAGGAGGGAAAAAAAGAGAAAAAUGUAAGGCUAUGGAUUCGGAUUUGAGGUUAGCAGGCCUCGAUUCGUCGUCAGGACUUAAUUUUCGGUGUUCUGUCUGCCAGAACAAUGAGGAAAAGACGAAAUUGGAAACCUCAUUUUAAUGUGUUCAAACAAUGGAGAAGUGAGAGUAUUUGAAGACUUGUAGCACUUGAUCCAAUGGCAAAGAAAGGGCGCCCUAAGGGCGAAAAGCCUGAAGCCCUCAUCUCCGCCUUACAGGCAGCCAACGAAGAUCUCAGGUCCAAACUAACUGACAUUCAAAUUGAGCUGCACCAGGAAAAAUGCAAGGUGAACAAGCUGGAAAGAGACAAGGUGCAGGAAGGCAAACGCAUUCGCGAACAGGAGCAGCAUCGGCACACAGCAGCGCUAACCGAGCAGCGGGCACGAUGGCACGAAGAGAAACUCAAGGAGCUAGCUGCGCUGCGGGAGUCGCUCACACGGCAGCACGAGCAGGAGCUGGCACGCACAGCUAAGAUCAAAGACGGCGAGAUCCAGCGACUGCGCACAGCACUCAGCGCCCUGCGUGAUGGUAGUGGGGAAAAGGUGCGGACAGCCCUAACACUGGAGGCCCGAGAGGAAGCGCGGCGCUUCUUCGACCAGGAGCGCGUCAAACUACUACAGGAGAUAGCCGAGCUGAAGGCAUCCAAGCGACAGACGGAUGAGGCUCUCAACACAAUGAUCCAGGCUGACAAGAUGAAGGCUGGUGACCUGCGCACUGAGCACCAAGCACACCAGGAGCAGAUCAGCAAGAUCAAGUGGGACUGCGAACGAGAUAUUCGACGACUGGUGGAUGAAAUUAAAGCGAAGGACAGAACGAUUUUCUCCCUGGAGAAAGAGUUGGAGACCACUACAGGAUUCCUGCAGAAGUUGCAGCUUCAGAAGGAUGCGCUAGAUGAGCAGCUGUUCCUUGUGAAGGAGGCAGAAUGUAACCUGGGCAGCCCUAAAAGAGAGAUCCCAGGACGAGCUGGUGAUGGGGCAGAGCACUGUGGGAGCCCAGAUAUGAGGAGGAACCAGAGACGCAUUGCUGAACUGAACUCCAGCAUCCGCAAGCUAGAGGACCGUAAUGCACUACUGGUUGAAGAAAGAAAUGAGUUGCUAAAGCGAGUGCGAGAGGCAGAGAAACAAUGUAAGCCACUGCUGGAGAAAAACAAGCUGUUGAAUAAGAAGAAUGAUGAGCUUACUCACUCUCUCCAGCGCAUGGAGGAGAAGCUCAAGAGCCUGACCAAGGAGAACCUAGAGAUGAAAGAGAAAAUUAGUUCUCAUCCACCACUGAAGAAGCUAAAGUCCUUGAAUGACUUGGAUCAGGCUCAAGAUGACCAAGAGAUUGAAUUCCUCAAACUGCAGGUUCUAGAGCAGCAGAGCAUGAUUGACGAGCUGACUAGAGAUAGAGAAAAGCUACUGAGGAAGAAGCGGCAUAAACGAAGUAGACCAGUCAAGAGGCAUAUUGUUGUGGACACAUUCUUUGGGUAUGAUGAGGAGUCAAUGGACUCUGAGACCUCCUCUGUAGCUUCUUUACGAAUGGAUCGAACUCCAGCAACACCAGAUGAGGACUUAGAUGAGGGGCUGGCUGCCGAGGAGUCAGAGCUUCGGUUCAGGCAGCUGACACGGGAGUACCAAGCCCUACAGAGAGCCUAUGCCCUGCUGCAGGAGCAGAAGGGGGGUGUUCUGGAUGCUGAGAUGGAGGCCAAGGCUCAUGAACAGCUCCAUGCUGAUGUGCAGAGAUAUAAGGCCAAAAUUGAAGACCUAGAGAAAGAGCUCACACUCAAAGGACAAGACUCAAAAUGGGUAGAGGAGAAACAGUUGUUUCUCAGGCGGAAUCAGGAGCUCCUGGAGAAGGUGGAGAAGAUGGAUGGCGAGAAUGCACGUCUGCAGCAAGAGCUACAGGACUCUAAAGACCAGAAUGAGCUUCUUGAGUUUCGCAUACUUGAACUUGAGGAGCGAGAAAGGAGGUCCCCACCAUUUACACUUACGAUCCACCCUUUCUCUGAGGGAGUGAGUGCGCUCCAGAUCUACUGUAUAAAGGAAGGAGUAAAGGACGUGUGUAUACCUGAUCUCAUCAAACUGUUAGAUAUUCUAGGAGAUAACGGGAAUUUAAGGAAUGAAGAACAAGUGGCCAUCAUUCAAGCAAGCACUGUCCUGUCUCUAGCUGAGAAGUGGAUCCAGCAGAUUGAGGGCACAGAAGCAGCACUCCAUCAGAAGAUGAUGGACUUGGAGCUGGAGAUGGAGAUGUUCUGUAAGCAAAAAGGGUAUUUGGAGGAGGAGCUUGACUACAGGAAGCAGGCUUUGGAUCAGGCUUACAUGCAAAUCCAAGAGCUAGAAGCAACACUGUACAAUGCACUCCAGCAAGAUAAGGUAAUAAAGUAUGGUGAGCCACUGAGUGAGCUGCAGAGGGAUGAGCUGCGAACAGCUGUGGAGAAGCUACGGCGGCAGAUGCUGAGGAAGAGUCGUGAGUAUGACUGCCAGGUGCUGCAGGAGAGAAUGGAACUCCUCCAUCAGGCCCAACAGAGAAUAAGAGACUUGGAGGAUAAAACAGACAUCCAGAGAAGGCAGAUUAAGGAUCUGGAGGAGAAGGCUCUGUGGCAACCCAGAUGUCUUGCAAGCAACUGCAGUUUACCACUUGCGAAGACUAAAACUGUACUAGUGGCCAUUUUUUGUGCGUGUGUGGGUGGACGUGGGAACUGUAGUGCUAUGGUAAUGGAUUAUAGACACCUUUUUUUUCUCUCUGAAGCUCAUCAGCAACGAUGCACUGGAUUAACCCUUCAGAUGGCUCUGAAUUCUGCGGAUUACCUAGUGAAAUAACACUCACAUUCACAUACAAACACAGACAUACAGUACAAAAGUUUUAGGCACCUGAGAAAAUUUUAAAUAAAAAAUCUGUUUAUCUGGGUAAGUGUUUAUUUGCUCAGAAAAAAAAACUAAUAUUAUAAUCAAUACAAAUUAACAUUAAUACAAUAAGUUGUAAUUUUACAUAUGCCAAUGUGUUCGUUUAACAAUUUCCAAACCUCUCCUUGUGGGAGCCCAGUAUUAAUUGUUGUUAAUAUCCAAUAUCUAGUGUGGUAGUGAUGGAAUUUAACAAAUCCAUGUGAGCUGUUGGGGCAACCAGGAGAAAUCUGGAAGCAAACUUUGUUUUUCUAACUAGCACACAAAAUCAACUACUUUUCUCAAAAUAAGAAAUCCUUGAUACUCUAUUAAUGUGUAUUUGCAUCUAUGUUAAUGAAAUACGGUGCCUUUACAGGCACAAACACUCUUGCUGCCAAGAUACAUGGUUUUAAAACAAUGUGCUUUGGUACCUAGGACUUUUGCACAGUACUGUUUAUACAGUUAUAUGCAAAAGUUUGGGCAUGCCUGGUCAAGUGACAUGCAUUUUCUAAAUGAAAAUAAGUUCACACAUCCUAUCAGUAUUGAUAGGCCUACUGACAUCCUUUACAGAGAACACACUACUGCACAUUUUAAUGCACAAUUACUGCUUAAUUGCUGAGUUUAAUGUAUUGGGAAGAAAUGAAACAUAAAAUGUGGCCUAUGCAAAUACUAUUGCACAUCUUAUAUUUUAUGUUUUGUUUUAUUCCAAUAAGUUUAAACUCAGCAAAUAUAUAGAAAGUGUUGUGCUUAGCUUUGUAGAAAAAUGCCACAGUUAAGUUUGUUCUCUGUAGAGGAUGUGUUAGCUUAUUUU